GCCUACCAAAGCUUGCUUUUAGAGGUGGGAUAUCCCGACCCUCGAUUCAACCCUCCGCUGAUAGAUGGUGUCAAAGGUCCUUACUUAAGAGGACUUGGGCGGGACACGUGCGGAUUUCCCUUACCCUAACCCAGAAACUGGAUUUGUAUAUCUUAUUUGUGAGGCCCGCGCUGCGGAUGCCAGGGCAAUCCGGAAUUCAUCCACAGUGGUCUACACCUUACCCCCGCCCCACAAUUCCCUUAGAUGUUCCCUUCUCAGGCACAGUACAGAACUCUCCUAUUCUGGCCUUCUGAACUCAGAGAGUUCGAGCUCGAUGGUACCUCCAACCCCUUCAAGAGACCUGGAGAUGGGGAAUGACCUUCCUAAAACCAUAUGGUUGGUGACUUGUGGGGCUUCGCUAGAACCCAGGCGUCCUGGCUCAUACGAGUGCUCCUUCCAUCAUUUCACAUGACGUUUUCAUUUCCCCUCUUUCUGGGAGAUUGCUCUGAUAUCUUUCCUACCUUAAGACCUAUGACAAUCAGUCUUACCACAUUUAUCUCCCAGAUUUAUGGGUUCAGUUACCAGGAUCACUUUCUUCUCUAGGGUGUACUACAGACCUCCAAGUGUUGGACGAUGGGAUUCAGCAGAAAAUGAGUCCCCCAUCCUCUUUUUAUCUGUAAGUCACUCUCUCAACUGCUCUUCCACCACCCACUGUCCACAUGUCUACCUUACUGCUCAAUCUGGACUUUGGGGAACCUCCUCCCAAAAAGGCAUUAGAAGGAAAUGCCAAGCACCGAAAUUUUGUCAAGAAGCGGCGGCUCUUGGAACGGAGAGGCUUUCUGAAUAAAAAGAACCAGCCCCUUAGCAAGACACCUAAAUUGCACUCAGAACCUCCAAAAAAAGGAGAAACUCUUAGGGAGGAUGGCACUUGGAAGAUUCCAACCUUCCGCAAAAGGAAGAAGACAGCUGCCUCCAGCAGUGGGUCAGAACAGCCUGGGGACAAAAAAGCUGCAGUGUCUUGGCUGACCCCUGCCCCUUCAAAGAAGACUGAUGUAGCUAACAUAGAUUUGCUGGGGGAAUUCCAGAGUACCCUUCCAAAGAUCAAAAGCCCCCCAUCCAGCUCCCAGAAGAAGGGGCCUCAGAAGAAAUCCUCUCAGAAGAACCCUCCUCAGAAAAAUGCUCCACAAAACUCCACUCAAGCUCAUUCAGAGAAUAAAUGCUUUGGAACAUCCCAAAGGUUGCCAAAAAAGAUGGUGGCAAUUGACUGUGAGAUGGUGGGCACAGGACCCAAAGGGCACGUUAGUUCCUUAGCUCGCUGUAGCAUUGUCAGCUACGAUGGAGACGUGCUUUAUGAUGAAUACAUCCUUCCCCCCUGCCACAUUGUGGACUACCGGACUAGAUGGAGUGGUAUCCGGAAACAACACAUGGUAAAUGCCACACCCUUCAAGAUUGCUCGAGGCCAGAUCUUGAAGAUACUCACAGGGAAGAUAGUGGUAGGGCAUGCCAUUCACAAUGACUUCAAAGCCCUUCAGUACUUUCACCCCAAGUCCCUCACCCGUGACACCUCCCAUAUCCCCCUUCUCAACCAGAAGGCGGACUGCCCAGAGAAUACCACCAUGUCUCUGAAGAGUCUCACCAAGAAGCUGCUGAACCGGGAUAUCCAGGUUGGGAAAAGCGGACAUUCCUCUGUGGAAGAUGCCCAGGCCACCAUGGAGCUGUACAAAUUGGUUGAAGUCGAGUGGGAACAGCACCUGGCCCAGAAUCCCCCAAAAGACUAGCAGCAGUGGGGGCACUGGUGAUGUGGGCAAGCAGAGGCAACAGCCAGGAGAAACAGGGCUGUGGACUAACGGACAGCUCUACUAGCUCCACAUCUUUGGAAGCUGGAAUUGUUGGGGAGAGAGAAGCUCUACCCUAACUUAAUAUCCAUUGAAAUUUCACCUCAGG